AUGUCUGUGAUAUCUGUUAUCUAUUACUGUAGGAUAUCCAAUUUGGGACGUUGUGGUUGAACUAGACUCAUUGUGCAUCCCUAAAGUGUGUUGGUUAAACUUGGAUAACUAUUGGCAAAAGAAAAUAAAGCAGAUUAAAGAAGAUGCUACUGCUCAUUGCCGACCACGUCCAGAGACUAUGGAAUACUUGGAAUAUCAGAGGACUGAUUAUUCUGAGCCUCUUCCUACAGUCUUUCCUAGUUCUGUUUGCACCAUUAAGAAAGCAGAGAGGUGGGAAAUGGAUCGUCAUGAUUCCACUCUGGAUAGCAUACCUGCUUGCAGAUUGGGUGGCUACAUUCACCAUUGGACUCAUGUUGCGUGCUGAACACAGUGACAUCUUGGCCUUUUGGGCACCCUUUCUUUUGUUGCAUCUUGGUGGCCCUGACACCAUUACUUCCUUCUCUCUGGAGGACAAUGAAUUCUGGAUUAGGCAUUUGCUUGGGCUCAUGUUACAAGUUGGUUCGACUAUCUAUAUUAUCCUUCAGUCGCUCACACAUAACAAACUUUGGCUACCAACUCUCCUAGUUUUAAUUGCAGGGGUAAUCAAAUAUGCUGAGCGCAACCGUGCCUUUUAUCUCGCAAGCUUUGACCAUUUUGGGAGUAAUUGGGCAGUUGUUCGACUUACAGCGGUUCCUUUUACAGUACCUCCUGAACAAGCUCAAGCUCGUGUUAUGACACGGGUUUUUAAGAAUUGCACUCCGGCUGUGUAUGUAAUUGCUUCGGCAGUUUACAUGGUCAGCACCAUCAAGAGCUUGCUUGUAGGUCCUCCUCUGACUGCAGAUGAAAAUUUUGCAAUUUAUGAAAAUAUGAUAAAUAAAGAUUCCCAGGAGAUGCUUCAAAUCAUAGAGAUCCAAUUAAGCCUCUUGUAUGAGCUCCUUCAUACCAAGUUGCCCGUAGUUGAUUCCAAGAUUGGUUAUAUUUGCCGCACGGUUAGCUUUGGUUGCAUCUUGGGAGCCUUAGUGUCAUUCUCAAUAUUACUUAGGAAGAACUACCAUAAUAAGUUUACGGACUUUGACAUCUGCCUGACAUAUGGGUUGCUGAUCGGGGCAUUGGUAUUGGAUUUGAUAUCCAUCUGGUUACUUAUGUUCUCUGAUUGGAUUAUUUUUAACCAGUACCCGGGCAUAAAGAAUUAUGAUGAAUUCAUUAAAAGGCGCAGGUGGUCGAAUUUAGUUCCCCAAUUAAAUGUUUUUGAUUGUCAUUGGAAGAAUAAAGAUAGAGAUUAUCCAAACAAAUUGGUUGAUUUUCUUGGCACAAGCAGUUUGUUUGAAACUAUAAGGAGAAGAAUCCAGUGUGGGUCCCUCGAAAAAUUUGUAGAAGAACAAGCUUGGAAGCUCAUUUUUACAACGCUACAAGAGAGGUAUAUUGGCGAGGCUGGCGAGAAAAUCCUUGCUCAGUCUAGAAUUUUCACCGGUCAUUUUACCAACUUCACUUGGACCCUCGACAGGUUUGAGCACACGGAGAGCCUCCUGAUAUGGCACAUAGCCACUGAAUUAUGCUACCGAAGCGGACGUCCAGACAACAGCUCCAGCAGUUCUUCAUCAAAAUCUAAUGCUUGUUUUGAUCACCGAGAAAUAUGCAAGUUGAUUUCAGAUUAUAUGUUUUACCUUUUGGUAAUGGAGCCUACCAUGAUAGCUACCUCGCCUAACUAUUUGAAGAUAGUUUUUGAGGCCAAAAAUGGAACAUGGAAGUGGCCAAGUUAUUGCAAGAAGGGAUCCAAAGAAACAUUAAUUGAAGAUCUGCUGCAUAAGCGAUUGGGAGACGACGGAGCGGCAGCGGGAGUUACUUGCCGUUCGUUAAAUAUGUUGAAGGAAUCUCCGCCCCCAAAACGCAUUCAAAAGAAUGAGGUAGCUCACUUUCAGAAAAUAACCCUUGCACGUUUUCUUGCCAAGGAGCUCCUUCAAUAUCAGCCCGGUGGUUGUACGUGGAACUUGCCUCAGCAAAUUUUGGGUAGAAAUAUUAUGCUAUGCUGCUAUUCAUUGCCAACCCAUUCUCCAUGCACGACAAGUAAGCAGAGGCGGACAACUACUCACCUUGGUGUGGGUGUUGAUCAAUUAUUCGGGAUUAAUUCCUCCUUCAUGGAAUGAUGGCAUAGAUGAGUAGCUGUCGGAUAUUACGAUGGAAGGCUAGACGGGAAGAGACAGAAUUGUAAGCCAUGUAAGUUUUCAAAUUUUGAAAACUCUUGGGGCACUGUGUCCCUCCUGGCCUCUUCUAUCCUUGUUCCUUAAGAAGGAACUUGUGCACAAGUUGGAGAUCAUCUCAGCCACUUCAUAAAACUGUCUGUCUUCC